ACCAACAGCUCGUGAAAAGAAGGCAGCUACUGGAGCCAAGGCCGUGGGGUGAAUCGGUAUUUGCAGAGAAAAGUACAUGGCUUGCACAAACUAUUGACCAUGGCAAAUACAACAAUAUCACCACUUUUGAACCAAACCACGGCAGCACCAGAGACUUGUAUUAAUCCUUACAACUAUUUCUGUUCGGACAAGGGUAUUAUCCUGCCUAUAUUUGUGGAGGCAACAUGGCCUAUUGGACUGCGAGCCUUUCUGUACCUUUUUGCCAUGCUGUACUGCUUCAUGGGUGUGGCCAUCAUUGCCGAUGUCUUCAUGUGUUCCAUCGAGGUCAUCACCAGUAAGACCAAGAAGAUCAGCAUCGUCAAGUCCGGGAACGGACAUCGUAGAGGAGGUGGAGGUCAGGAUAUGGAACGACACGGUAGCAAACUUGACACUCAUGGCUCUUGGCUCCAGCGCGCCGGAGAUUCUGCUAUCCAUAGUCGGGAUCAUUAAAACUGGGUUCAGAGCCGAGGAACUCGGUCCCAGUACCAUCGUCGGCUCUGCUGCCUUCAACUUGUUAAUCAUCACGGCGGUGUGCGUCUCUGCGAUACCUGCGGGCGAGGUACGCAGGAUUAAGGCGGUCAAGGUGUUUGCGGUCACAGCUUUCUUCUCCAUAUUUGCGUACGCGUGGUUGUACAUCGUGCUGGUGCUGAACACCAAGGAUGAGAUGGAUCUGUGGGAAGCCAUCGUCACGUUCAUGUUCUUCCCCAUCCUGGUCAUCCUGGCUUACAUCGCUGACAAGGACUACUGCUCCAGGAGGGUGGAUGUGGAGAAGGAAACGGACCACUUAGAACUUGGAAUGGGAGGGAGCCAGCAUGAUCAGCCACGGCUGCAGUUUAGCAAUUCGUCGUACAUUUCUCACGAAGAGGAAAGUCAAUCAGGUACAGUGCUGGCAGAAUAUGCAGGUGCAGUUUCUGAGCUGAAGCCCGGCCAUGUGAACAAGCAGUCCGUGUCCGAGUUUGUCAAGGAGAUCAGCAAGUACUCCGGGGGUAAGCUGUCGCCAGAGGAGGCGGCCAAGCUGGCGGCCCUGAAGAUCCAGGAGAACGAGAAGCACGACAGGAGCUGGUAUCGCGUGAACGCUACGCGAUGGCUGGUGGGAGGGCGGAAAGUUUCCGUCAACGUGAACAGCACUCUCAAGGAAAAACUGGAAGGGUCUCAGGUUUACGAGAAGGCCAAGAAUAAGGACGAGGUGCCACUGAUCAUCGACUCGGCGUCGGACCUGUCCCAGGGCGGGACGUUCUCCGUGGUGGAGUUCUCCGCGUCAUCCUGUGCCGUGAUGGAGAGCCAGGGCACGGUGGAGGUGUCUGUGCUGCGCUCAGGCAGGACAAACACCAGGGUGCCCUUCAGGUAUGAAACCAUUGACGGCACAGCUGAGGCUGGGUCAGACUACAUCCCCCAGAAGGAUGUCCUGGUCUUCGAGCCAGGUGAGAGCAUGAAGAACAUCAAGAUCGUCAUCGUGGACGACAACCAAUGGGAGACCGACGAGACCUUCUUCGUGAAGCUGUCGGUGGAUCCCGACAGCGGUGCUGUUCUGGGACGGAAGAGCAUCAACGAGAUUACUAUCAUAAAUGAUGAUGAUCCUGGUGUCCUGGACUUCACCAAGCCCAGUUUCAUCUUCAAGGAGUCGGCAGGGACAGCCAGCAUCCCUGUACAGAGGACCAAGGGGUCAGAUGGGGUCAUCUCUGUCAAGUGGAAGACUAAGGACAUGAGGGCUGUGAACGGGAGGGAUUAUGUUGGUGGAGAGGGGGUGUUAGAGUUUCAGCAUGGUGAGACUGAGAAGAACAUUGACAUCCAGAUCUUUGAUGACAAGGACUUUGAGAAGGAUGAGGAUUUCAUGGUGGAGCUGUCAGAUGCUGCGGGCGGGGCUCUCAUUGGCAGGCAGAGGAGGACAGUCAUCACGAUUGUCAACGAUGAUGAAUAUAACGGCCUGGUGGACCGUGUCCUGACGAUUGUAAACGUGAACAUGGACCACUUGCAACUGGCCUCCUCCACGUGGGGGGGACAGUUCAGGGAUGCCAUGAACGUGAACGGAGGAGACGUGGAGAACGCAACAACCAUGGACUACGUCAUGCAUUUCCUGACCUUCGGAUGGAAGGUCCUGUUUGCCCUUACUCCACCUGUGAACUUCUUGGGUGGAUGGCUGACCUUCCUCGUGUCCCUGAUGGGCUUCAUUUUCCUCCUGACCGUCAUCAUCAGCGACCUGGCCUCCACUUUCGGCUGCCUGAUCAAGUUGGAGGACAACCUCACCGCCAUUACGUUAGUUGCCAUGGGAACAAGCUUACCGGAUCUUUUUGCCAGCAGAACGGCUGCUAGAGCAGAGAAGUAUGCAGAUGCCUCCAUUGGGAAUGUGACCGGCAGUAACUCAGUCAAUGUGUUCCUGGGUCUGGGUCUGCCCUGGUUGAUUGCCAGUAUCUACUGGCAAGCUCAGGGGAAAACAUUUCAAGUCCCAGCCGGUUCGCUUGCCUUCAGCGUGAUGGCGUAUUCCAUCUGUGCAAUCCUGUGCAUCAUCCUCCUGGUCCUACGGAGGAUUGUUCCAGCCUUCGGAAAGGCAGAGCUUGGCGGAACGCCCAGUCUCAAAUACCUCUCCUCAGCCAUUAUGGUUAUGCUGUGGGUUUUGUAUAUUACCUUGGCUAUUCUAGACACGAAAAAGGUUAUCAACGUUCCCCUAUAGAUACUUAAAAUCUACAAUUUGUACUUUUCAUCUUUCUGACUCAGAGGAAACUUCAAAAGUAUCAUACAAUCAUGUGUUUUUACCAACUUUUAUUAUACUUAAUCUUAAUUUUGGAGAAAGAUACUGAUAUUAUUCAGAACUAUGAUUUCUACUGUCUGUGAUAAGGAAUUUUGAAGUUUUCCUGAGAACUAAGCCUUGUUUGAACACACUGUCAGCAUAACUUAUUUUUUUCCAUAAUUCAAUUGUUAGUUUUUGUUGUCAAGGAUGGAUAAGUUACAUGGAAGACUUGUUUUAAAAUGAAGCCAAGAAUAUUACAAACUAUUAGUUAUUUUUAUUAUUACUUUAAAGUAUGAGCUUGUUUGCCGUGUUUCAUUGGAUUGUACAUAGUAUGUAUUACUAAGCAGAGAUGUGUUGAUAGCAUGAAUUUUACUGAACAACAUUAUACAUUAUACAUAUAGUAUUUUAUUGUGUUUCCAUUUCAAAUUAAAUAUGUCUAGAUAAAUUAGUCCUGAUUUACAUUCUUAAGGCCACACCAACUCAUAUUUUUUGGUUCUCAUAUCUACCACAUUUUUUCUGAUCUGAAAAAAAAGUACUGUUUAGGAUACCUAUCAACCACUAAAAUCUCAUAUUCUGGCACUAAUACUUUGCCUUCAGUGUUGUUAAUGUUACGUUAGUCUAUUUAUUCAUACAUUAUGAAUUAAGAAAUUUUAAUCACCCUGAUGCAUUGUCUUUGUGGCUCCUGUGAGCAUUUGGGUUCAUCACUUUCCAGCAAAAACACAAGAAUUCGAACCAAGAAAUUAAGAUGGUGUGGCCUAAUAAAUGUUUUUGGUGCAAGAAAAUUGAUAAGAAUUUAACACAAAAAAGCACAGUUGCUUGUUACAGGAUUGUUGUAAAUAUUGUAAAUACAGAUGUGCAGUGUUCUUAGGUUUGAUUUAGCUAAUUUUUGUGGAUUUAUCUAAAUUAUUGCAAAAUAUAGCAUCCUGUCCCGACAGUUUUGCCUGCUGUACUGAAAGACUCUGCAUUCAUGUUUAGCAGUGCUAUCAGAUAGAUAGCCAAACUAUGCAUUAAGUCCAAACCCGGUAACUAAAAGCAAGAACUUCUCAACUCAAAUAUCAAACUAUAUUUCUAGACACUUUAAAAUGCCAUUUUUGGCAAUACACCAAGGGCAGAUCUAGAGCCCUAAAAUGCAAUACUACAACCAUUAAGUUGUUAAUAUUCUGACUAUUUGAUUAUGAGAUGAAAGCUUUCAUUGCUCUGCAAAAAAGAGGUUACUUUGGCUUGUUUUUUUCAGCUCCUUUAAAAUGUGACAACAAAAAAAGCUAGUCCCUAGAUAUGCUCUGCAAAAACAUAUUAAGUUGGACCUUUUAGCACUUUUCAUACCUAAAGCAUUUUGAUAUUUUGAAAAUUCUGACCGUAUAUCUGAACACAGAGAUGGGAUAAAAAAAAGUAAAUUGGAAUAUAUACUUCUUGCAUUCCAGUAUGUAUAUAUAAAUGUUUGUAUAGUUGAACUUAUCUAUUCAGUAUUGUGCAAUUUGAAGGAAAUGUAACACUACAGGUUUUGUGCAAAUCACAAAAAAAGUCACAAAAAAUUAUUUUUAGAUCUCACCAGUGGUAUUGUCAAAUGCAGGGGUCAAAGUAAAUUGUCUUUUAAAAUCUUCUCUUUGAAAGCCACAAGAAUAUUAUUAAUUGGAUUAUAAGUUGCUUAUAUUGUUAUCAUCGUACAAAUCGGGAAUGUCUUGUAGAAUAGGAUAGGAUAUGGUAACACGCAUGUUUACAUAAAUUUAGUUUACAUAUUCUCACAUAUUGAUGUCAUAGAUACCGAUAUAAACAAUCAUAAACAGCUGCAUCUUUGCAUUUGGUUCAAGUCUUUUAUUAAACGGUAUUUUGAAAAAGCAAUUAUGUCAAGUGCAUUUUGUGGGUUUACAUUUUUAAAUUUCCUUACGAAGAAAACAAGGAAAUAUACCAACUGCACAGUUGUUGGAGUUUCUGAAUUAAAUGUGUCACUUUUGCAGAAAUUUUUGCAGAUAUU